AUGUCAUCUCCCUCCACGAAUUCGCAAACUUUUUGUUCAAUCGUCGAUUGUGAGAUUCGAUCUUCUGAUUGUGGAACGACAGAUAUCUGCGGUGCUAUUGAAAUGUAUUGUUGCAGAUGGCGUAACUGGGUGGUAAGAGGUAUUUUCACAUUCAUAAUGAUCUCGUUGUUCAGUUUCAUCAUAAAACUUGGCCCAACAUGGUUGAUGGCAUUGGUAUUUGUGAUCCAGUUUUGGUGUUUUUACGAGAUCAUAUCAAUUGGAUUGGCAGUCUAUCGUCUCUAUGACUUACCAUGGUUCAGAGCAUUGUCGUGGUAUUUCCUAAUCACGUCCAAUUAUUUCCUAUUUGGCGAGAACCUUAUCGACUAUUGGAGUAUUCUUCUGCGAAAAGAUUUUGCAUGGUCACAUGUCACCUUACUUCUGAUCGUUUCACAAUCGUUCUUCAUCAUUCAAAACAUAUUCCAAGGAAUGAUUUGGUNUGAAUUCAAGUCGGAUAGUUUUUGUUUCGUUUUGUUUUGGGUGAGUGUUGAAAUGGAUGAGAUUCGAUGUGGUGCAAGCCAAACGCACAUGAUAAAGCAUUGGAAUCUGUUCUUGGUACCAGUAGGGAUGAUUAUCUGUUGCGAUGUGAUGUCGUAUUUGUUCGGAUUCUUUUUCGGCAAAACACCACUCAUCAAAUUAUCGCCGAAGAAGACAUGGGAAGGUUUCAUUGGUGGAGCGAUAAGCACCGUUAUUUUCGGUGUCAAUUUUGCAGUUGGUUUAAAAAUGCUUUUCAUCGGAGUUAAUGAAUUUCAGCUAUCGUACUUGCUAAUGCGUUAUCCGUUCUUCGUGUGUCCAAUUGAAGACUACACUGUUGACAACUGGAAUUGCACCAUUCCGCCCUCAUUCCAGCUCAGAGAAAUUCAAUUCAAAGGACCGCUGUUUUUCCUUGUGCAUCUUUUCGGAAUAAUUCCAACGAUUAAAGUUUAUCCGUUCUUAUUUCAUACCAUUAUUAUGGCAUUGUUUGCAUCACUGAUUGGUCCGUUUGGAGGCUUCUUCGCCAGCGGUUUCAAGAGAGCCUUCAAAAUUAAGGAUUUCGGUGAUGUGAUUCCGGGUCAUGGUGGAUUAAUGGAUCGUUUCGAUUGUCAGCUAUUGAUGGGUACAUUCGUGAACAUCUACAUCUUCACCUUCAUCAAGGAGCCAUCAGCUGCAAAAAUUCUUCAGCAGAUCAAUUGGCUAUCAACUGAUCAACAGAUGACCAUAUAUUCAACGCUAAAGGAACAUCUCGUCAGUCAAGGCUUAUUGCAAGCGGCAUGA